UGGUUCGCGUACUUUCCAGAAAAGAUGGCAGCUGUUGACAUCGACGUGCCGGUGGACACGGAAUCUCAGAUCCGCGGUCACAUCGACCUCGAACGGCAGGCUGAAGGCUUCAAAGAGAAAGGAAAUGCGUACUACAGCAAGAAAGAUUACUCUGCGGCGUUCAACUAUUACACUAAGGCCAUUGACGCAAGUCCCAAGAAUGCCAGUUACUACGGCAACAGGGCAGCCACCCUCAUGAUGCUCUCCCGCUUCCGAGAAGCUCUAGAAGAUUCCCAGCAGGCUGUGCGUCUGGAUGACCUCUUCAUGAAGGGACAUUUACGCGAAGGCAAGUGUCACAUGUCUUUGGGGAACGCCAUGGCAGCCAGUCGUUGCUUUCAGAAGGUUCUGGAGCUGGAGCCCACCAACAAAGAGGCUCUGCAGGAAAAAAAAAAUGCAGGAACUAUGCUGGAGUACGAGCGAAUGGCAGAUUUCGGCUUUAAUAAGCGGGAUUUUAGAAAGGUGGUGUACUGCAUGGACCGAGCCUUGGCUUUGGCCUCUGCCUGCCACCGCUUCAAAAUCCUGAAAGCAGAGUGUCUUGCGCUGCUGGGACGUUAUCCUGAGGCCCAGUCCGUGGCAAGUGACAUCCUGCGGAUGGAUUCCACUAAUGCUGAUGCAUUGUAUGUGAGAGGCCUGUGUCUUUACUAUGAGGACUGCAUCGAUAAGGCAGUGCAGUUUUUCGUCCAGGCACUCCGCAUGGCACCUGACCAUGAAAAGGCCAGGCUAGCCUGCAGGAAUGCCAAAGCUUUAAAAGCCAAGAAAGAAGAGGGCAACCAGGCAUUUAAGAACUGCAGCUAUGAACCUGCCUACCAACUGUAUACUGAGGCCCUGACAAUAGACCCAAACAACAUCAAGACCAAUGCUAAACUCUACUGCAACAGAGCCACGGCAGGAGCAAAGCUGAAGAAAGUUAAUCAAGCCAUUGACGACUGUUCCAGUGCAAUCAAACUAGAUGACACUUAUAUCAAAGCCUACUUAAGAAGAGCUCAGUGCUACAUGGCCACAGAGCAGUAUGAAGAGGCUGUACGUGACUAUGAAAAAGUUUAUCAGACAGAAAAAACCUCAGAUCACAAGCAUAUGCUGAAGAAUGCACAGAUGGAGCUGAAGAAAAGCAAAAGGAAAGAUUACUACAAAGUGCUCGGCGUCGGCAAGAAUGCCACUGAGGAUGAGAUUAAGAAAGCCUACCGCAAACGAGCCCUAAUGCAUCACCCAGACCGUCACAGUGCAGCAACUACAGAGGUGCAAAAGGAAGAGGAAAAGAAGUUCAAGGAAGUGGGCGAGGCGUUCACCGUCCUCUCGGACCCAAAGAAGAAGAUCCGCUAUGACAGUGGGCAUGACCUGGAAGAUGAUGGCUUAGACGGCGGAGAUUUUGAUGCAAACAACAUCUUCAGGGCCUUCUUUGGUGGUGGUCACGGUGGAGGAUUUAGUUUUGACAACAGCCCAGACGCUGGACCUGGAAAUUUCUUUUUCCAAUUUGGUUAAAAUGAAUGAGCAUGAGGGGAAAAUCCAGUACUGCAGAGACCACAGUGAAGCUGAACCCAGUCACCAUCUGAUUAUCAACUCCUGAGUGUGAUCCACAAUUUGCCCGCCACACCAUUUCAUGACGUUUUUGAUUCUUGCAUUCAUUCCCUAUAUAUUGAUACUAACGGACACUAAGAAGGAUAAUUCAAAGGCUUAUGUAUAAAUUAACAACAUAAAUAAGCUCUUAACGAAUCAUUUUAAAGAUGUUCGUAUCCGCUGAUCAGAGCAUGUCACAAUUGCCAAAAUUGACAUUGUUUUAAAUGUUAUGUAAUCUUAUAAAACUAAGCCAUUAUAAACUGGUCAUUAAUAAAGACAUUCAAGUUUGUAGGUUUAUUUUUAGUUCAAGGAAUACAUCAAAAUAAUGUUCUCCUGGGAAAGCAAGUCUCUGUAGACCAAGAGUCAAUGUGGAGAAGUAUAAUGCCUAAACUGACCUCUGGACAGCUUCUGAAAGCCAACGCUGUCCUUUUUGUGAGUUUAUGUCCAGGUUGUAAUUGGCUUACUUGCCAAAACAGGUUUUCGUUUCUUUUCCAUGUUGUGUUGUAUAUUCGACUUGAAUGUAAAGCUGAAUAUGUCCUCACUUUUUCGCUAGUCUUCCCUCGGUCUAUUUAUAUUUAUUGUACUGUAUAUCUUUUACCUGUAUGCAGCAGAACACCAGUGGCCCUUGUCUUCCAAUUUGUAAUUGUUCUCCACACCAUGUUUGUUACUCUCGAACUUUAUGUUUUGUGGAGGUUAUUUUUCUGGAAAAGAGCCAAAAUACCUUCAUGUUUUUGCUGAAAAUAAUUCGGCCAUUAUCAUCUUCCACUCAGUACCAUCCACAUUUCAAAACUAUUGACACAUUCAAAGUUAAGUGGUGCCUUACCAGAUUCAGUUUAAAAAAAAACGACAUUGAAUUCUACAUUAACCACUGACCAUGAUCACAGACCAUGUUCUAUUUGGGAAAGAAAGCAGCAGUUAUAGUUGUUGCUGCCUUUUUUUUUUUUUUCUGUUCCCAGUGAAAACCUUUUACAUGUCCAGAUGGUAAACCACAUUGGACUUUGCAAACAAAGUCUUCAUCCUAUUGAAAAUGAGAUUGUUUCAUUCCAUCAGUUACCAUGUUGUCAUCCACUUGCUGUGUACUUGUCAUGCACGUUUGGGCGGUACAGCUCUUCCCCUACCUGUACCACAUGUUCAAAGGGGCACUGAUAGUAGGUGGGUAAGUUUCAUUGUAAAUAAAUCUGCCACUGAUAUGUGUUUCAUUUUAAAAACUUGUUACAGUAUUUCAAAGACAGGCUUUGUUUUUUUAAAUUGUGGAAAUAAAGGCUCGUCUUUUACUGUA